AUGAAACUAGGAGAAUACUCUGAUAUAGAAUCCUGUUUAUUAAAAUGGUUUCAACAAUGUCUUGACAAAAAAAUUCCAAUAAAUGGACCCAUUCUACGAGAAAAAGCUGAAGAGUUUGGGUAUAAGUUGGGGCAUGUAAAUUUUAAAGCCAGCAGUGGAUGGUUAACAAAUUGGAAAAACAGAAAUAAUGUUGUUUUUAAACAAGUUUGUGGUGAAAGUGGCGCUGUAGAUGUACAAAAAUGUUCCGUAUGGAUAAAUAAUUUACCGAAACUCAUCGAAAAUUAUUCUCCAGACGAUAUUUUUAAUGUUGACGAAACAGGAUUAUUUUUCAAAUAUUUACCUGAAAAAACUUUUAUGUUUAAAGGCCAAUCUUGUUCAGGUGGAAAACAUAGCAAAGAAAGAGUAACACUUCUGUUAGGGGCGAAUAUGUCGGGCACAGAAAAAUUAAGACCACUUUUGAUUGAUAAUUGUACUGCACACAAUUUGACUUCAACUUUAUAUGCUAUUCAAGUGCAGUUUUUACCUCCUAAUACUACGUCUGUAUUACAACCAUUAGACCAAGGUUUUAAAACAUCAAUUGAAAACGAUGAAAACAUUCCUUAUGAUCCUUCUGAUGAUAAUAACGAUGAAUGGGAUCAAUUAACGGAGAAAAUAAAUAUUGAUGAAACCUUUACAUCAUACGUCAAUGUCGAUGAAAAUUUAGAUAUUUGUGGAGAAUGGAUUAAGAACGAUAUUAUCUCCAAUAUAUUGGACGAAGAUAACCAAGAAGAAUUCGAAGUCCUACAAGUACAAUCCACCAUUACAAAUAAAGAAGCAACACUUGCAUUAAAAACAUUACGUAAAUAUAUUGAAGGCAAUGAAGGUAUGGAAGAUUUAUUUAAGCCACUCGGUAUUUUAGAAAAUAGAAUUGAGAACAAUAUAGUCAACGAUAACAACAAUGGUCAAUGGCACAUCGACACGUUAGAUUUGACUGACAAGAGUAAAAAAGUUAGAGCUAAUACAAUUGUAAUGAAGUCACAAAAUGUUAACUACGAUCGUCUUCUUGAAACAUGA